UUGACUAUUUUAAGUUUUUUUUAAUGAAAUUAAUAACAGGUUGAGCGACCCUGAGCACUUAAUUUGAAAUGCACUUAAUUUCCAGGAGGAAUUUUGGUCAGGACUUUGACUAGACCACUACAAAGUCUUCAUUUUGUCUUACUUCAUCCACUCAAAGGUUUUGGAUCAUUGUCCUGCUGCAGAACCCAGGUUGGUUUCAGAUUGAGGUCACCAAAAGAUGGCCAUCAGGAUUUUAUGAUUCCAUUUAUCACAACAAGUCUUCCAGGUCCUGAAGCAGCAAAACAGCCCCAGACCAUCACAUGACGUGCGGUGAUAUUAUUAUGGGACUUUUGGGACUUUUGUCUCGUAUUUUCCCAAAGGUCUUUGAGGGAUCAAGAUGGAUUAAGAUGUUUACUGGCAAAAUUGAACACUGAAAACUGACCUUAACUGAGGGAAGUAAGGCCUGCAGUUUUUUGGAUGUUGUUGUGGGGUCUUUUGCGACCUCUCAGAUGAGUUGUCGCUGUGUAAUUUGGGGUAGUUGGCCACCGGUUUUGUGGAUAAUGGUUCUCACUGUACUUCACUGGAGUUCCACACCUUUUCCAGACUGAUUGAGGAAUGUUGAACGCGGAGGGAAUUCUAUGAAACCAAUCGAUCUGUUUCGAUCCAUUUUAUCAAAGAAGGAUCUAACAAGUCUUGUCUAAUACUUGCAAGUGUAUACAUUUUUUGUAGAACCUGUAUAUACAUAGUACUUAUAUACAGUAUAUGUAAGAAAUAGUAUCUCUGGGGUACGGUCUCCAUAAUUGGCACCCUGGGGCCUGAGUCUCCACGCCUUUUGUCAGCUGGGGACACCAGCUGUCAAUCAAACAGCAUCUUUAUAAGAAGCCACCCAAGCCGCUCCAUCAUGUGUCAGGAUAAAUCCUCACACAGACAGCAGCUCCCCUGUGAUCCCAAACGCAGGAUCAAUAUUAUUAACGAUAUCCAUUAAAUAUUCUUAACAUUUUUUUGGGGGGGUCAAACCUUUUCUACUUCAUAUUAUCUGCCCGUUUUUCUGGAAGAGAUGGACACGCAGUCUGGGAACAAUUUAACGGUGGUGAACGACUCCUUCAAGCAGUGGUCCUCCAAUGACGGGGACUCCUUUUUCCAUCUGGACCCCGCGGAGCUCAGGGUGCUGGUGCCGUCCAUCCUGGGUGUUAUUUGUGUCCUGGGGGUCACGUGUAACCUCACCUCCGUGGCCAUCUUGUUCUCCAACGCUUACAAGGGCAAACUGUCCCUUAUCAACUCGCUCAUCUUCAACCUGGUGUUCGCAGACACUUUGGUGUUGCUCUUCACCGUCCCCUUCCGGGCCGCCUCCUUCUCCAAGACCGGCUGGACUCUGGGAUGGGUGUUGUGCAAGACGUCCGAUUGGUUGCUUCAGUCUUGCAUGGCGGCGAAGAGCUUUACCGUAGCCGUCAUGGCCAAAGCGUGCUAUCGCUACGUGUCCAACCCCACCAAGCAGGUGAGCAUCCACCUGGGCUCCAUCCUUGUGGUGCUCUUCUUCAUCUGGCUGUCAGCGUGCACGGUCACCAUCCCUCACUGGCUCUUCUCUACCUUCCAGCAAGGGCUUCACGGGCUCAUGUGUGUGCUUCUCGUUCCUCCUGAAGCGUGGAAGUUCAUGUCUGUUUACACAAAGGCAUACCCGCUAGGGGUCUACUGCGCCCCCCUCAGCUUUGCCCUCAUAUACUUCUGGAAGGCGUACGGCCAGUGCCAGCGCCGCUCCAGUAAAACUCAGAAUCUGCGUACGCAGAUCAGGUCCAGGAAGCUCACCUUGAUGCUCUUCAAUCUCACCGUUGCCACGGCUAUCCUCUGGCUUCCACAGUGGGUGGUGUGGCUUUGGGAGCGCCACUCAGAAGCAUCAGGAGGAUCCGACACCUUCAUCUCGUGUCCUCCUUUUCUCAUCACGCUUUGCGCUCAGCUGCUCACCUUCUCCCUGUCGCUCAUCAACCCUCUCAUUGUGCUCUCCCUCUCCGAGGAGUUCAGAGAAGGCUACCGCGGCUUGUGGCGGCGUCUAACCCUGCGCAAACAACCUCCCGUGAAGCCAAAACCGGGACCUCACAAGCCCACAUCCCUUCAGUCACCGUGCCCCAGACCGGAGACCUCGGGCCAGCUGAGAGUGGAGAGGAGCCCAAGCAACAAACCGGGAACCAGCAGAGAUGCUCAGCUGGAGCAAAGUGUCGACAAGGACGGCAUGGUCUUGCCUGACGUGGAGCAGUUCUGGUCCGAGAGGGAGACGGGUUCUUAUUUGGAGGAAAAUGACCCGGUGCCGUGGGAGCACCAGGACAACCGAGAGAAAUUAACAUCAUCCUCAGCAUCAUCACCAUGGCAACAGUAACUCUGAUCAAUGGACUGCAUGGGUGUUUCUGUGUUUGUGGGGUAUGAAGUACAAGGUGUGGAAUACUGCUAACAACAUCCACUUAGUCGUGGGUCAGGUUGAACUUCCAUGGUUGUUAUUGUUAUAUUAUUGAUGUACGGUGAUCAUAAAAUAUUUGCUCGAAUCCUGAAUGUUAUGGAGGGAAAAAAACACAAAAACAUGACAGGAAGUGUCAUAUUAUUUAUUCCAGGACUGUAAACUAGUGGUGUCAAUGAAGUAAUAUGGGUAAAAAUAAAGUUUGUAUGUCAAAAUAUUAAUAACCUGGUCACGUUUUGGUUACAAAAAAGCCACUAUAAAUAUACUGUAUAUAAAAGUAUGAAAAAUUGCAAAGAAAAAUAAGAAUAACAUUGAAUAACAUCCAUCCUCACUAGAGUUACGGGUAUGCUGGAGCCUAUCCCAGCUGUCUUUGGGCGAGAGGCGGCCAGCCAAUCACAGUGCACAUAUAGACAAACAACCAUUCACACUCACAUUCAUACCUAUUGACAAUUUGGAGUCGGAGGACAAUAUGAAUAUGUACAGUAUAUCGCAUAUAUCUGCUAUUUUAUGUAUUUUUUUGCCAAAAAGGUCUAUAUCCAAAAUGAUUAGUGCCAUUUCUCAAGAUAUUUAUAUGUUAAUUAUUAUAUUGAUUUACAAACCUUUACAUUUUCUUAUGUUAUUUUUCAGACUACACUAAAUAAGCGUUGAUUCUUCCUACUCCUUUUCUUUCUGAGACGUGAAACAGUGAAUUGUGUGAUGUAUUCCAAUAUAACAUGUACAUAUUCAUGUUCAAAAAAAACAAAACCAAGUAUGGUGACAUAUGUGAAGGAAUAUUGGAAGCUUAUUGUGCAUUUGUGUAUGUGGUAAUUAGUAGUAUUUACAAUAAAGUCAUCUCUAACACCUGUAGGUAAAAGGUCAUGUUUGUCGGUGAAAUGAAAGAAUCAGCGGAUGAUCCCCUGCUGCCGU